AUGAAAGGCGACUUGAUGGUGUUCCACAAAGUGGGCGUAAUUAAAGCCGAGAUAUGGAACUUGGAAGGGGCUCUAAAAUACGAGGAGGGCUUGUUACCAGGCUUGGGGUACUGGGAAAUGGGAAUUGAUGUAUGUUUACAAUUUGGAGGCACAGAACUUCAUGGGUGGAUUGAAUGGAAGCAAAAUGGCAUUACGCGUACCACCGAAGCCACAUUAGUUCCUUGGGACCCAAUUGUCUGA